UUUUCUCCCCCCCCCCUCCCCCUCCUUCCCCCUCUCUCUCUCUCUCUGAGACGACCUUGCAACAUGGCCUGCGACGACGAGGCCGAGUGGCUGACCGUCGCCAUGACGGACGACUCCGCGGUGGCGGAGCUCCUCCUCCGGAUCCGCUGCGCCGACGCGCCGCCCCACGCGGCCGACGCGCGCCCCCUGAAGCUCGACUGGACCGUGCGCCAGCGGAGGUCGUCCAACUCCAAGACCGCGCCGAAGGACGCCAGGCGGAAGAAGCGCGGGGGUGAGCCGGCUCGCGCGAGCCCGACGACUCCCCUCUCCUGGAGCGGCGCCACCUCCAGCGGCGGCGGCGGCGGCGGCGGCGGCGGCAGCGGAGGAGGAGGCGGAGGCGACGAGGAGUGUAGCGUCCCUGUCGUCAGGUCACCGGAAAAGGCAAGAUCUAAGACCACCAAUGGGAGCACGACCACGAGCGCUGCCAGACCCAGCAAGAGACCAAGAAAGAAAAAGACACUGGCUGAACUGAAGGAGGAGGAGAACAAGCUCCUGAAGGAAAGGAGAAGACUGAAAUGGGGAUUGGCAAACCUGCGUCGUGUUGUUGAGAAGCAAAGAAUUGCGAACGAAAGCUUGAAGAAGAUGAAGCUUGACAUGCAAUGUAAGCAGGAAGCCGUGACAACUCCCGAUGAGCAACCACAGAAUGUCGGUUCCUGCUCCCCAUGCAGCAGCGCAUCAAAAACACGCGAGGUUGAAACUUGCGAAAGAUUCUUUGAGCUACCUGAUCUCAAUUUGCCAGUGGAAAAUUCAGGCUGAGACUUUCACCUUGAGAUAUCCUGAGAGUUCAUGCAAUCAUGUUGUAGGAUGAAUCCUGUAACAAUCUAUUACAAGGGUUUCACGCUUUUAGGUCCAUUCUUAACCUUUCUAAUUGCAUGUAAGUAAAUUUUAAUCGCACAAGUUAGGGGCGAGCGGCUUGUAGAUGUUAACACAUCGUGGUCGGUUCUUUCGUCUUUGAGUUUUUGUAAUAUGAAAGGGAAACUCUACCUGAUUUUAGUCCUUUGAUUAGUUGUCCUCUAAUCUGUAAGCAGAUUGUUGGUCGGUUCUACAUUGUAUACAGGGUGUUUUAGUUAUGCGAAUUUCCUAGUCAAUAAGGGUAUCUCUGA